AUGCCAAGGAUUGCCGUACCAUUAAACGGGGCUUCUACAUUAUUCUUCAUGGUUAGCCGCCUUGAUAAUGACUCUGAUAGACCUUUGGCCGCAUGUAUGGCCUACAGAGCAAUUCCCGAAAAUCAUCUUUCUGGAUUCUCUCCGACCGAAACCAACAGCUACGGAUACACCAUCAAAUGCACUCCAAUACCCCUCUUGAAGGAUUAUGAGACUCGAAUGAUACCCCUCACAUUCUCCCGUCCACCUGAGUCUCCCCGCCCGGGGAUACUAUCAACCCCACAAUCCAGUCACGCGAAAUGCGGAGGGCGGUUGAAGAUAUCUGCAAACACUGCUUUUGCAUGCGCAAGGACCACGCUAGUCAAUGCCGAAUUCUUCAUCCGACCCUAUAGCGUCUGGACUUUUACCAAAAGUCUCCUCCCAUUAUCUUUGGAGCCGGAAAUACUCCGCCUUUUGGCUAAUACCACGAAUACAUUGGAAGGAAGGAUUAAUAGAAUUGCUGAUCUCUGUAUGGUCAUUGUCGGUCGGCUUUUGGGGCCCUUGGUCCUUCCAGGUCAUCUGAACUUGGCUACGGAGCCCGUGAACUUGCGGGUGGAGUCGAGGUUGUUAAUGAGACCAGCAGGCGGAUGCAGUCUUCGUCCUAUAAAUCGGUCUGUAGCUGGCAUCCGACGUAAUGGGCAACAGGCGGCAGCAGUUUUUGCGGAUUCUGGUCUGUAG